AAGAUAGGCUUUAGCCCGGGGCAGCUGACACUUCUUCACAAAUCCACACUCUCCUCUCUAUAGACUGGAGUGUGUGUAUGUGAAAUGGAUACGUGAGUUCCUUUGCACCGGUCACUCAUAAUCUGUUAUUUAUCUAUUGGCAUCCGUGUGCGUGUGUGCAUGCAUGCGUGCGCUGCAGCGCGUGCGAUAGCGACAUUCCAGGAGCAGAAACCUGAGAAGGUGUGACUUACGAGACACUGGAUUCAGCUCUUUCUGGGGACUGAGGGGUGCUGAAGUGUCAGAAUUCCAAUUUCCUCCAAACAGUCACUCCCAGUCACACACUCUGACCCUCUGCGUCUCUCUCACACAGCCAAACACACUCUGCCGCCUUCAUUCUUAUCCUCCAGAGCUUGCCUUUUUUCCUCCUCUCUCUCUUUCAGCUGUAAACACUGUCUCUCAUUUUCACUCACUUCCAUUCAUGAAGCCCAACAAGGACAAGUCUUGUCUCACACCACUGUACUGCGCUGCGUUGCCACCACCUUAACCUUCCCCCCUUUUCGCUUUCGCCGAACUAAACACUUUCUCCUCGCACAGAGCUUCUGGGCUCACUCAAACAGGGGGGAAAGGAAGAGAGGGAGAAAGAGAGGGAAGAGUUUGAGAAUUGCCGGGCCCCUCCCACUUUCCGGAGAUGCUCCAGCCCAUCCCUAAAUUGUGGGCCAAUGAGGGUGGCUCAUUCACAACUCAUGCGCUCCUUCUACAAUAGGUAAGGAGAGAGAGACAGAGAGAGCAAGAGAUAUAUGCAAGGAGACGAAAGAGGGAGAGAGGGGGAGUAAAAGUGAGUGUGUUUGGGGGGAGAAAGACGGUGAAAAGCAAAGGCCAGAGUGUGAGGGAGGACAGGGAGAAAAAAAAAAGGGGGGGAAAGAAGCUACAGCAACCUCGAGCCCCUGGGAAUGAAGUAGUGUCUGAGAGAUAGGCAGAUCCAGAGAGAUGAGGAGGUAGAGCUCGUGACAGGGCAGAUUUACAGUGUGGACAACCUGCACGGGAGAAAAGAGGCAGUCAGACAAGAGUGUCUGCUGAAGAAGACACUCCUCAUUUCUAACAGAGGUCUCCUGAGACAUCACAGAGAGAAGACAGAAGAGAAGCCCACAGGUGUAGAUGCAGGCAGGUGGACAGUCAGACAUGCUGCUUGUGCUUCUGGUUCUCUGCGUGGCUGGAGGAGUUUGGGGGUACGGACGGAUCCAGGACAGACUUGGGCCAGAAGCACCCCUGUGCCCGUCUCCGUGCCAGUGCGAAGAGGAUGGGAUCUUUAUCAUGGUGGACUGCUCAGAGAUGGGACUAUCGACUGUACCAGCAAGCCUCAGCCCUCUCACCACAUACCUGGACCUGAGCAUGAACAACAUCAGUGAGAUCCAGCCCAGAGCCUUCCACCGCCUGCACCUGUUAUCGGAACUGCGUAUCUCGGGGAAUCAGCUGAGGUAUAUCUCGGGCCACGCUCUUCAAGGUCUCCACAACCUCAAAGUUCUGAUGCUGCAGAACAACCAGCUGGAGAGACUUCCUGAUGAUGCUCCGUGGGACCUACCCAACCUCCUGUCCUUGCGUCUUGAUGCUAACCUGCUGUCUGCGAUUCCGGCGGAGGCCUUCAGAGGCGUGCGCUCUCUAAGGCACCUGUGGCUGGACGACAACUCGCUAACGGAGAUCCCAGUGAUGGCCCUGGACUCACUGCCCUCCUUGCAGGCCAUGACGCUGGCCCUCAACCAGAUCGCGCACAUCCCAGAUUACGCGUUUACCAACCUCUCGGCCCUCGUCGUGUUGCAUCUCCACAACAAUCGCAUCCAGAGCAUGGGCUCAAGAUGCUUUGAAGGUUUACACAGUCUGGAGACACUGGAUUUAAACUACAAUGAUCUGCAGGAGUUCCCCGUGGCCAUCAGGACGCUCAGCAAACUUCAGGAACUGGGCUUCCAUAAUAACAAUAUCAAAGCCAUCCCCGAGAGGGCCUUUGUGGGAAACCCUCAGCUCCAAACCAUCCAUUUCUACGAGAACCCCAUCCAGUUUGUAGGGAAAUCCGCCUUCCAGUUCCUGCCUAAGCUGCACACACUCUCUCUUAACGGGGCGACGCAGAUCCGAGAGUUCCCCGACCUGAAAGGAACCACCAGCCUGGAAAUUUUGACGCUGACGCGCGCUGGCCUCUCAGCCCUCCCUCUGGAUCUGUGCGAGCAGCUGCCUCACCUCAGAGUCCUGGAGCUGUCGUACAACCAGAUCGAGGAUCUGCCCAGCUUUUACCACUGCUCUGCACUCCAGGAGAUAGGCCUGCAGCAUAAUCAGAUCAGGAGGAUAGACUCGAGCACCUUCAAGCAGCUCAACUCUCUGAGAGCACUCGAUCUGAGCUGGAAUAUGAUCGAGUGGAUCCACCCGGAUGCAUUCGUCUCACUUCACUCUUUGAUCAAACUGGACCUGACGGAGAACCGCCUCAGCUCAGUCCCGUUUGCAGGAUUGGGGGGUCUGACCCAUCUCAAGCUGAGGGGGAACACAGAAUUAUACGAGGCCUUCAGCCCCGACCACUUCCCCCACAUGAGGGUGAUAGAGAUGCCGUACGCCUACCAGUGCUGUGUGUACGGCUCCUGCGAUAGUUACAAGCCAGCCAGCCAGUGGGACACAGAGCAAAGCAGCACAAAUGAAGACCUACACAAGAGGACCAUGGCCAUGUACCCCAUGCACGCAGACACGCACUAUGACCCUGACCUGGAGGAGUUCCAGCUAGAAAUAGAAGAAUCCAAACUGCAGACCAGUGUCCAGUGCACGCCCACUCCUGGUCCUUUCCGUCCAUGCGAAUCUCUGCUGGGCAGCUGGCUGGUUCGUGUCGGCCUGUGGUCCAUCUCCCUGGUGUCUCUGCUGGGGAACUCCAUCCUGCUUCUGUCCCUCUUCGGCUCGCCCGGCUCCCUGUCGCCGCUUCGCUUCACCGUGGCCUGCAUGGGCGGCUCCAACCUGCUGACCGGUGUGUGCACGUGCACCCUGGCCCUCGUGGACGCCCUCACGCUGGGGGAGUUCGGUCACCACGGGGCCCGCUGGGAGGGGGGUCCCGGUUGUCAGGCCACGGGAUGGGUGUGGGUGUUUGCAUCCGAAGCCAGUGUGCUGUUGCUGACGCUUGCAGCGGUGCAGUGCGGCGUGAGCGUGACGUGCGCCCGCGCCUACGGGAAGUCCCCGUCGCUCGGGAGUGUACGCACAUGUGCGCUUUUCUGCCUCACCCUUUCCCUCAUACUCGCUACCCUCCCGCUGGUAGGAGUCGGGGAGUACGGGUCCUCACCUUUCUGCCUUCCCUCGCCCCUGCCACCCCCGUCCUCCCGACUACCAUCCUCCCUGGGCUUCCCCCUGGCACUCAUCAUGAUGAACACCCUGUGCUUGCUUAUAGUCACAGGCUCAUACAUCCGCCUUUACUGGGAGUUACUUAGAGGGGAAUGUGAGGGCCUGUGGGACUGCGCUAUGAUCAAACACGUCGCCUGGCUUAUAUUCACCAACGGCCUCCUCUAUGUACCAGUAGCUUUCCUCUCACUCUGCUCCCUGCUGGGUCUCCUCUCUCUGGGGGAAGAGGUGCUAAAAUCAGUCCUCCUGCUCCUCCAGCCCUUGCCUGCCUGCCUCAAUCCUCUCCUCUUCCUCCUCUUCACAAGAGACCACUCCCAGUUUUUCUUCUGGCCCCGCCCCAAAGCACGACCGCAGCUACGCCGGGAUCGCACCCUGGACUCGCUGGUGUCCGUGGAGACGGAGAAGAGCUCCUGCUCGGAUUCGUCAACGCAGGUGUCACUCACUGAGGCUGACGCCACGUACGGCGGGGGGUCUUCACUCCAACCCCGGCUGGAUCCAGUCAGGUUUUCCCACUGCUCCUCCACGUCCUCUGUUCCACUCAUCCCUUGCCAAAUACCCACUUCCACAGCCAGAGAGAGAGAGGCCGAGGGACGGUGAAUGUCUGGAUUAAUCCGUCUGUCACUCUACCAUGACUUCCCUCUCUGUCGCCUCUCACCCAUGAGCCUCCGAGCUAGCUGUCUUUAAAAAAAAAAAAUAAAUAAAUAAAAUAAAAAGCAAGGACGCUACGGACACCCAAGGACCAUCACCGUACUGCAGCAGCAAGACCAUCUCUGGGUUAUCAGUCUUUAAGCUCCUCAAAAUGAGUAAACACAGAAACUGUUGAGGACUAUGGAGAAGUUGAUGAGGAAACCACAAAGUGCCUCUGGAGUGGGAACCUAAAAGUUCCUUUCACGGAAAAGACUAUUCAAGGACACGCCAUUACUGUUGAAACAAGGACAAUUUCAGAUCCAGCGGACAUCGUCAGUCGCGGACUUGUCAGUGACGAAAAGAAAAUGCAAAUAAAAGCUGUUAACUACACAGGAGAUAUAAGCAUCAGACAAAUCAGUGGUUUUACCGCAGGGGAAUUUAGGUGGCAAAGUUAGAAGUGUAAAUGUUUAUACUGAAAUGUGAUCACGAGAAAUGGAACUUAGAAGUCGUUUGGUUAUAUUUUAAGUGUUUUUUUGUUUUGUUUUUUUAAAAUCAAUCCUAUAAAAAAAGGGACUCAUCUCCAGACACAUCUCAGAAAUGUUAUUGUGAGAUAUAGUACUUUUCAAAUGCAACAGCUAUUAUAAAAACGCUCUACGUGGCAGCAAACAGGAAAAUGGGUCGCACAUACAACUUCACACGGUUUACAUGGUUCGGUCUAAAAUUUUUGCAACUCUGCCCAACAGGCGGCAAGCGGUCAUACAGACUGAAUGGGAUGUAGCUAUCUUUCUACAGACUUUAGAUUAGGCUAGCGAUAUGUACAUACAAUGUAACUACCUCUGAACUAGCAUGGUAUUGACUCACUACAGCCUUAUGAUGUUUGUCUCCCUUUUUAUAAACGGCAAAUAUAUAAUUUUAUAUAUUAAGAAACAAAUCCUUAGUUUGUAAAAACAAAAACAAAACUUGUACCAUUUAGGAUGUACAUACUUUGUAUACAACUGAUAAGCAUAUGUUUGAAUAAAAUUAUAAACUUCAUAUUGUA